UGACAUGAAAGUCGACCUCAGGGCCCAGAAGUCAGACUAACUAAUCUUUGUUUGUACCUACCUUUCAUUACGACGUGGUACAAAGUCCAAAAGUCAACUUUCUUGUACAAAACAAUUGAAGAUUUUAAAAUUAUUAAAUCGCCAUGAAUCCUCUUUCGCAAAUUGUUCGUGCAACACGGCCCAUUUAUCGCAAUUUGUCAACUACUGCUACAACAGCAUCUGCAGUGAAACCCAUACCAACCACUGGGCUAUGUUUUGAACUGAGCGAUGAACAGAAAGCACUCCAGGAUCUUGCAAGAAAGUUUACCAAGGAGGAGAUUAUCCCCGUCGCUGCCCAAUACGACAAAAGCGGGGAAUACCCGUGGCCGAUCAUAAAUAAGGCAUGGGAAGUUGGCCUAAUGAACGGACACGUGCCUGAACAUUGCGGCGGCAUAGGAAACUUUGGCGUUUUCGACGAGUGUUUAGUCGCUGAUGAGUUUGCCUACGGAUGCAGUGGCAUUUGUACAGCCAUAGGCAGUUCUGGCCUAGGACAAACGCCCGUCAUCAUCGCUGGUAAUAAAGAACAGCAGAAAAAGUAUCUUGGGAGGCUCAUCGAAGAACCAUUGGUUGCCGCAUACGGUGUUACGGAACCUGGAGCGGGAUCAGAUGUCGCCGGUAUUAGAACUAAAGCAGAGAAAAAAGGGGACGAGUGGAUUCUCAAUGGACAAAAGAUGUGGAUCACCAAUGGAGGAGUCGCCAACUGGUAUUUCGUGUUAGCGAGAACAAAUCCCGACCCUAAAUGCCCAGCCAGCAAGGCCUUCACUGGCUUCAUUGUUGAGAGGGAAUGGCCUGGAGUGAUUCCUGGACGUAAAGAACAAAACAUGGGACAGCGCGCGUCUGAUACACGAGGCAUCACUUUCGAAGACGUACGCAUUCCCAAAGAGAAUGUCCUCAUUGGAGAGGGUGCAGGUUUCAAGAUCGCUAUGGGUGCCUUUGAUAAGACACGACCACCGGUAGCAGCCGGGGCGACAGGAUUGGCAGCCCGCGCUCUCCACGAGGCGACCAAGUACUCGCUCGAGCGCAAGACAUUCGGCGUGCCGAUCGCCCAGCACCAGGCGGUGGCGUUUAUGUUGGCAGAUAUGGCCAUCGGUGUCGAAACCGCGCGUCUCGCCUGGCAAAGAGCUGCUUGGAUGGUCGACCACGGUCAGAAGAAUACUGUCAUGGCAUCGGUAGCCAAGGCCUACGCGUCAGAAGUAGCCAAUAAAUCAGCCACUGAUGCUGUCCAAGUAUUUGGAGGAAACGGCUUCAACACUGAGUACCCUGUGGAGAAACUCAUGCGCGAUGCUAAAAUCUACCAGAUUUAUGAAGGCACUUCUCAAAUUCAGCGACUCAUCAUAUCAAGAGAACUACUGAUAACUGCCAAACAAUCCAACUAGAUAUGAUUAUUAAAAAAGCAAAAUAUAUCAUGUUAGAACAUGUUCAUCUGUCUAUCUAUAGUAAUAAAGCCUGACUGAUGUAAUAUAUUCUACAGUUUUUAGAUAUUUUUUGAAACAAUGUUUACAAAAUAUAUUCUAUAAUAAUUCAGAUCGUGAUAAAUCAUCAGAAAAUGAAAUUACCUUUUAUAUGGAUAAAAUCUGUUUGGAUGUCAUUAUUUAAAUAGAUUUGUUAUGUUUUGUUACUUCUCUGAAGAUAACAAGUAUGUCCAAUAUUAUAUAUACUGUAAUUUGAAUAAUACUUACAUCUGACGGAACCUAAUGUUGAAAAAACUAAUGAAACUAUGCUUUGGGCCACCAAAAUGGAAUUUACAAUUAUUAAGGACUUUUGGUGAUGGAAAAUUUUAUUGAAAUAGGCUCAAUACCAAUAAUUUGUUGCUAUACUGAUGCUCUAAAUCAAUCCUUUUGUAUGUAGAAAUGUAAUUACUGUACAUAAUAAUGCCAAUAAAUAAAUCCUUUUUCCAAAAA